AUGUCAAUCGUGAUGUCAAUUUCCUGAACUCCGCAAGUUUCGCCAUGUGCUGUUAUUAGUAAAUAAUUGUAAUAUCUGAAGAUUACUGCUGAAAUAACGGCAAAAAUGCAACAAGCGCAUCGUUCAGGAACUCUGAAGCAGAGUAACAAGGUUCACAAGUCUCGCCACCGCUCAAAGCGUGGAAUUGCCGCUGCUGUUAAAGGCAAAGUAAAUGCGAAGGAAUUCGUGCGCCGUAACCGUCAUAUCCUUAAAAAGGAUGAGCGUCGUCACCAAGCCCUUCAGCUACGUAGAAACAAGCGCGAAGAAGUGUUGUCCAGAAAGCGUGCCUUGGGAGGUACUAGGAACCCCCCAUUUUUGGUGUGCGUUGUUCCUUUGAAUGCUCAACUUGACGUUCAAUCAGCGCUUGCGAUAUUGAGGACGUGUUCUGAAGGAGCUGUGGUCUCACAGUCUGAAAAUGGCAUCCUGCAUAUUGGCUUGCCAAAUUUCAAGCAGCGCUUCUCCUUUAUAUGCCCAGAAACUGACAAUGAGUUUGCCCUCCUUGAUACUCUUAAAGUAGCAGACACAGUUCUGUAUGUCAGCUCGGCUUUAGACAAACCUGUGGAUGAGUGGGGUGAGAAAGUUCUAGCCCUCUCCAUGGCACAAGGCAUGCCCACCCCUGUGGUAGUAGCCAUGGAUAUCGAAGGAGUUAAUCCAAAGAAACGCACAACAGAAAAACAAAAUGUGCAAAAGUUAAUAUCCAAAUGGUUGCCAGAAGAAAAAGUUAUGCAGUUAGAUAAAAGUUCGGAUGGUUUGAAUGUGUUACGUAGGAUUGGUAACCAGAAACGUAACAUAUUGCAUCACAGAGAGAAGAGACCGUACAUGCUUGCUGAGUUUUAUGAAUAUGUGCCAGAUGCAGAGGGUGACAGUGGUACUUUGAGAGUCAGCGGGUAUUAAGGAAUGCCCUUGGAUGUGAAUGGUUUAGUUCAUGUUACUGGCUUGGGAGACUUUCAAAUGUCAAGAAUAGAUGGACAUGACGAUCCUCACCCUCUUAUUUUGGGCAAAGAAAAUGCCAAACCUGACUCAAUGGAUGCAGAAGUGGUGAAGGUAUCGGUGUUGCAAGUGGCUGAUCCAGCCAAACAGGAGAGCCUGGACUCUGAGAAUGUGCCAGACCCCAUGGAUGCUGAGCAGACCUGGCCUACCGAGGAGGAGAUAGCACAAGCUAACGCAGAAACAAAAACAAAGAAAGUGAAAAAAGUUCCCAAGGGCUGGUCGAGCUACCAGGCGGCGUGGAUCGUGGAGUCCGAUGCGGAGGGCGAGGGCUCCGACGAGGAUGAUGGCAGCGAGGAAGAAGACGAGGACGAGGAAUUCAUGUCGUGUGAAGAGUCUAGCUCGGAGAAGGAAGAAGACGCAGAUAACGACUUCGAGUCUGUCACCGAGUCUGAGAUGGGACCUACUGAUGACAGAUACGACGCCACAAUAGACGCUGAGGAGGAGCAUGAGCUGCUGAAAAGACUAGCUGCCGCCAGACAGGACGCGCAGUUCCCGGAUGAAGUCGACACGCCUCAACACGUACCGGCUCGUGAGCGCUUCCUGCGCUACCGCGGACUAGAGUCCUUCAGAUCAUCUCCAUGGGACCCGAAAGAGAACUUGCCGUCGGACUACGCUCGCAUCUUCCAGUUUGAGAACUACGACCGCACGCGUCGCCGCCUCUAUAAGGAGAAGGAGGACAGCCUCGUCAACACGUACGGAAUCUACGCAACCAUCCACAUAUCAAACGUUCGCCAGGACCUGUGGAAUUCCUUCCACUCAGCUAACAAAAACGCACCACUCUCAGUCUUCGGACUUCUACCACAUGAACACAAGAUGUCGCUCAUGAAUGUGGUACUGAAGAGAACUGGCGCCAGCGAAGACCCUAUCAAGAGCAAGGAGCGACUGAUCUUCCAAGUGGGAUAUAGGAGGUUCAUAGUUAACCCGAUAUUCAGUCAGCAUACCAAUGGCAGUAAACACAAGUAUGAAAGAUUCUUCCAACCGGGCUCAACUUGCGUUGCCACAUUCUACGCGCCCAUACAGUUCAGCCCGUCUUCAGUGCUCUGUUUCAAGGAAAAAAGGAAUACAAAGCUGCAGCUAGUUGCUUCAGGGGUACUGCUGUCCUGCAACCCUGACAGACUGACUGUCAAGAGAAUUGUACUGUCCGGUCAUCCUUACAAGGUGAACAAACGAUCGGCGGUGAUCAGGUUCAUGUUCUUCAAUAGAGAGGACGUGAUAUAUUUCAAGCCGUGUAAGCUACGUACGAAGUACGGGCGCACUGGACACAUUAAGGAACCUCUAGGUACCCACGGACACAUGAAAUGCGUGUUCGACGGCCAGCUCAAAUCACAGGACACGGUGCUGCUUCACCUCUACAAGCGGAUGUUCCCCAAAUGGAACUACGAGGAUUGCAUCGUCACGGAUAGGGACACAGCCACUGAUGCCAUGGAAGGAUAGACAAAUAAAUGUAGAAAUCAAA